AUGCCCAACAACAGCCUGAGCAGCCUGGAUGGGAUCUACAUAGGGACCGAGUGCUUGGUGGCUCUGUUUGCCACCGUGGGUAACAUCCUGGUCAUCUGGGUGGUGAAGCUGAACUCGGCGUUUCAGAACAUGACGCUGUACUUCAUCGUCUCGCUGGCGCUGGCCGAUAUCGCAGUGGGGGUCCUCGUCAUGCCCCUGGCCAUCGUGGUGAGCCUGGGAGUCCGCGUCCACUUCUACGCCUGCCUCUUCAUGUGCUGCCUGAUGGUGGUGUUCACCAACGCCUCCAUCCUCUCCCUCCUGGCCAUCGCCAUCGACCGCUACCUGCGAGUGAAGCUGCCAACCAGAUACAAAGUAAUCACUACAGAGAGGAGAGUCUGGUGGGCGCUGGGGCUGUGCUGGACCGUGUCCCUGCUGGCAGGGUUAGUGCCCAUGUUCGGGUGGAACAAGACACAGCCAGGAAACGCCGACUUCCUCAGCUGCCAGUUCACCACAGUGAUGAGGAUGGAUUACAUGGUGUAUUUCGGCUUCUUCACGUGGACCCUCGUCCCUCUGCUCGUCAUGUGUGUGCUGUAUGUUGAAAUCUUCUACAUCAUCCGGACAAAGCUGAGCCAAGGCACAACCAGCGUGAGAGGGACAGGAGGUUUUUAUGGACAGGAGUUCAGGACAGCCAAAUCUCUGGCACUUGUUCUCUUCCUGUUUGCCAUAUCCUGGCUGCCUCUCUGCAUUAUAAACUGCAUUUCCUAUUUUUACCCUGACUGUGAGAUCCCCGAGUAUUUGAUGUACUUGGGAAUCGUGUUAUCCCAUGCCAAUUCUGCCAUGAACCCCAUUGUCUAUGCCUGCAAGAUAAAGAAGUUCAAAAACACCUACCUUUUAAUUUUGAGGGCCUACAUCCUCUGCAAAAAACAAGACCCAGUUCUUACAGAGCAAACGACAGAUGUAAAUAAAGACCUGAUCAUUGACAAACCACUUUGCUAA